AUGCCGCUCCGAGCGCUCUCCUUUGAGCGCUCGAGCGUUCGUGAGCUCGCGCGAUGCCGCGCGGUGUUCGCGUCGACCCGCUCGACCGCGUCGAGCGUCGAUGCGGACGCCGAGGCGCCGGUGACGAGCGAUGCGCGCGGGGUGAAACCGAACGCGAGUGAAAUAUUAGAAAAAGCGCGCGCGGCGCGACGUACGCGCGAUGCGCGCGUGACCGCGAGCGCGCGGGGACGGAGGCAGCCGUUUGACGUCGAUCGACCGCUUCGGGGAGGCGGCGCGUGGGGUUCGGGUGGGGCGUUCGCGUACGGCGGCGAAAGAGUGAGCGCGCGGACGAGCGCCGAGCUCAACCGAGAGAUCAUGGACGCGCAGUACCCCGAGGAGAUCUUGGAACACGUGCGAGUGCGGUCGCAUUUAUACAACAGAGUGAACUGCGCCACGGCGUGGCAUCGAUUGGGACGAACGUCGAGGGUGAACGGGCGGCCGCGCGGGUGGACGUCGGACGAGCGCGUGGCGGAGCUGGAGGCGACUACUCGGCGCUUGAUGUCGACGUUUGCGGUGCAGAAUCUGACCAACAUCGCGUGGGCGUGCGCGGUGUUGAAAUAUAAGCCGCGGGAUGAUUUGUUGGGAUCGAUCGCGGCGCGCAUGGGGGAAAUGGUUGCGGAAUUUUACCCGCAGGCGCUGUCGAACGCGCUGUGGGCGUACACGGUGCUCAAGCAUCCGCGCGCAUUCGCCCUGGCCGAAGCCUUGAAGCCGGCAAUAUUGGCUACUUUGCCCGAAAACCCAGAUGAUGAGUUGAAGCAGGCCGAGAGCGCCAAGGAUGGGGUUUUCAGCACACAGACGGUGUCGAACGUGUUGUGGACGUAUGCGACGUUGGGAGUGCAUCCUGGAGUCGAAUUGUUAGACCGCCUGGCGGCUUUUAUCCUCAAGAGCGCAGGAAGUUUUAAGGCACAGGAGUUGUCCAACUCGUGCUGGUCGUACGCUCGCUUCGGACAUUAUCCAGGCGAUGAGGUGUUACAAACUUUCGAGCGAUGUCUUCUGGAACGAAGAGAAGAGUACACUACGCAGGCGUUGGCAAACACAUCCGUCGGGUUGUCGUAUUUCGGAGGAUCGGGAGAAGGAGGCCUGAGAAAACUCUUCGACGACAUCCCUCCUUCGUGGUUUCGACUCCGCGAAGGGAACUCUCAGGACAUCUCCAAUAUCGUAUGGGCGAUCGCUUCUGUGGGCGCGUUCGAGUCCCAGGUGUAUAAAGCCGCGGUGCGUGAACUGUUUCGCCGCGAUGUGACCGAUUUCCAAGACGAGGGACUUAAGGCGUUGUUCCACGCCCGUUUGAUGCAGCACGACUUCGCUCCCGACAAAGAUGAGGUCGAUGUCGUCUACCCUGACUGGGUCGCGGAUAAAGGUCUCAAGCCGUGGCUCGAACAAGCCGAGGAUACUCGAGUGAGCACGUUUCAGCAAAAUGUAACUGACGCGGUGAAGCGAGCUGGAUACGAACCAACCAUGGAGGCGCUCACGGAGGAUGGACUGCUGAGUAUGGAUAUUUGCCUGAACGAUAAGAAAUUGGCUAUAGAGUGCGAUGGACCAACGCAUUUCUACUCGAACGCGCCCGAGAAGAUGACGCAAAAGACGUUAAUUCGUAAUCGCCAUCUCGAGGUGCGCGGAUGGAAGGUUAUCAUGAUCCCAUAUUACGAAUGGCGCGAGGUAUACGUUGCCGGCGACCUCGAAACGAAGGCGUACGUUACGAAGAAAAUACGCGAGACGCUGUAG